ACUGUAUUGUGAACUGAAAGAAGGAACUCGCUGCCAACCAUAGCGAUCAUAUUACAUUACUUAAUGUAGGCCUAUUUUAAUUCCUAAUUCUAUUCUGCCAGCCUUCGGAGCGCCCUGACAACACGCCUAUUACCGUGACAUCAAGUGAACCAAGUGAUAUUCUGACAGUCUACACACCGAUUAGUUUAGCAGAAUCUCGCAGACAAAGAAGGACGGAUUUUGCUCGGGACAGUCAGUGCGUUCCAAGAGCGCAGCGCGACAUGCCGAGCCGAUACACCAACACACCUACACACACACUGAUGGUUUGCUGUUGGGUCCGUGUGCUCGGGAGUAAGAGACAGAAAAAAAGCAAACGCGUGAGCACGCACAGCCACUGAGACAGCUGCGAACACAAUCCAGCACAGUGACCGUAAUUAUCCAGCUGUAGGCUACCGUAGCAUACUCUUGUGGGUCUCCUUGUCGUUUUGUUUACGCGCGUCCUGGAGGGGUUCUCGACCGUUGGGUAGAUUACGUCCGACAUGUCAACGGUUACAGCUUCGGUCGUUGAUGUUUCCAGAACUAUUUAUUCAACCAAAAACGGCAACCGUGGCCGUAAUUAUACCGGCCAGUGCACGCCCAUGCCCCAGCCCGCCCUGGGCACCCAGAAGAUCAUUCAGGGGAAUGGCACCAAUGUGGGCACGGUGAUCACCCUGCAGUGCCCAUCCAGACACCAUCUGGUGGGGGGCAAUGAGGUAUCCUGUGUUUGGGGCAGCAACAGUACCCAGUGGUCAGGAGGCUCUCCAUGGUGUAAACCGGUGUCCCCGUCGGAAGACUUUGGGUUCCGUGUGGCAGUGGUGGCAUCCAUCAUCAGCUGUGCCAUCAUCCUCCUCAUGUCCAUUGCCUUCAUCACCUGCUGUCUGCUCGACUGUGUCACGGAGGAGGAGAAGAAGAAGGAGGAGAGGGAGACGCGUCUGUGGCACCAGCUAGAGCAAGUGGAACUGGAAGAGAACAGGGCCUCUCGCUAUGGCCACAAUGGCAGGAACAACAAUAACAACACCCAGGAGAAGGCACUUCCACCAUGGGUCAACCAUGACCCUUCAAUGUGUGACAAUAAGAGACCCAGCUGGUAUCAUCAGUACCCCUAUGCUCUGACUGGUCCAGUCCAGGCCUCCCCCACUGGCCCAGCCCUCAACUCAGCUCCUCUUCCCUGCAGAGGCUACAACCAGCCCAUCCUCCCACACAUCUCAGGCCUCUACCACAACCCAGGUCUGCCACACAAUCCAGGCCUACUUCAAAACCCUAUCCCAACCCAGUAUCCAGGUCCACCUCGGACCACGGGCCAGGUUCAGAACCAAGUGGUACCCCCAGGCUCAGGCCUGGUCAGGCAGUAUGGAGAACAGGAGGGCAGUGUAUCUCCACUUCUGGGGAAGCCCUACAGGAUGUGUCGACACCCCCUCUAUGUCAAGGAGCGCCCCGUACGGGUCAUAUCCGUGUGAGGUCACAACCAGGAAGUGACUGAACAUAGACCUCAGGGUCAUGGAUAAACUGAACAUCAACCAGCUGGAAACUAUAUCCAAAAGGAAAGAGAACCACCUGAAUUGUUACCAAGCCUAUUAAGCAGGCACCAAUGAAUAUCGCCAGACUCAAUGACCACAUGGCCAUUUAUUAGUCAUUUGACAUUGACCUGCAGUAGACCAUUCAGUGACAAGGCAGCAUUUCUAGGGUGCAUCAGACAUGUGCCUUAAACGCAGACCCUAUCCCUCUGGACACUGCCCUAAGCGUAAAGUUGCGCUUACAGGGGAGAACUGUCUUUCUUCCAUAGGAAUCACUUAUUAUGUUGCUGCCUGAUUUCACAGUGUUCCUCCUGGAAAUGUACAAUAGUAAUAAACAUGUGCACAGUAAAUAUUUCAGUUCUGAAAUGGAAUGUCCUGUAUCUCUGAGCCAUGAACUCUAGUAAUUAUGAUUCUGGAAAGAAUCAUGUUGUACAGUAUUCAGCAUUUUUUAAAUGUUUGAUGCUUCUGCUUUGAUGGAUCAAGGGUUAGCAUGUGUAGGCCUACAUUUCCCAAUCCUGUUGUGUACAAUAUGGGAUGGUACUUCAUGGUAUAAAUAACUCUAACAUGUUAUUCUGUACUAUUGGAAUGUGAAGGGAAUUUUAUGAUACUUUUUUAAUUUUCCUAUAGCCUACUGACAAUGAUGGUACGUUGUGCAAGUUGAUUAGUCCCACUGCAGAUGGAUUGACAAUUAAUCAUGUAAUAAAUGAUAUGUCCUUAAACUUUUCCAAUCAAUGAACAAAGAUGUGGCAGAACCUUGCAUGAUCAUCAGUUAGGAAUACGAUUGUAAAGGAGUUUUUACCAAAAUAAUCGAAUCGAACCAAAAUAGUCAGUCACCAAGUUAGGAUGAGAGGUUUGCCGUCAAUAAAACAACCAAUCAAUGAA